GAAGCUGUCGCACAAGACCUGGAACAGCCGAAGCAAGCAGCUCAGGCGCCGUCAGGUGCAUCUGGACGGCUGUCAGUGCCAGAAAGACAGAAACCAAGCGGCAAAUUUCAGAGGGCUGGUGGCACGCAGCUUCAAUUUCUUCAGAUGCUGGAAGGCAACAAGAACUCCAAGGCACCUCUGCCAGAGGGCACGUUGCUGACUGAAGAAGAGGUGGCAAAGUAUCUUGGUUCUUUGAGCUUAGCAAGCUGCGAGAAGUUUUUUUUGUUCGUUGAAGGACACCUGGCUGACUCUCAAGUUUUUCAUGUUUCCUUCCUGCGGCUAUCUGCACGGAUUGAGAUCACCUUAUACAUCGAUUUUCACCCGGGCGGCAAGCGGCAGAUCAUGCAAGGCCGGAAAGGAUAUGACUGCUUUGUUUCAGAAAGCGCAUCCCUGGGUCAGUCGAUGCCUAAAUGA